AUGUCCUUCAGGAAAAUCGCCGUUGCCGCUGCCCUGGUGGCCGGUCUCCAAAUGGCUGGCUCAUCUGCGCAAUCGCUCAGCACUCAAUGCCAGGCAGCACUUGCCACCAUCGUCGGGAACUCGGACGCGUCGUGCUUGAACGCGCAGGCCCUCAUCGGCCUCGUUGUCUCCACCUCCAGCACGACAAACACCUCCAUUGUCCCCACGGUCAACACCUGGCUCACCGGCAUGUGCUCGCGCCCCGCGUGCACAAACGCCACCCUUGCCACUGUUGUUUCAAGUGUGACCUCUGGGUGCUCGACCGAGCUCGGGCAACUCGGGCUGUCGGACGUCGACUCCAGCUCCCUCACCGCGCUCGUGCAAUCCGCAUACCCCACUGUGCGCCAGGUAGCAUGUCUCGGCGACACGAGCAACAACAACACCCUGUGCUUGACCGAGACGCUCAACAACCUCGAGCCGUACACCGGCACGCUCACCGUGUCCAACAUCGAGGCGGUCGCGUCCCAGAUCGUCGCCGGCACCGUCCCGAACGUUCCCUCGAACGUCACCUGCACGGACUGCACCAAGGCCGCGUUCAACCUCGUCGAGCAAAACUUCAACGGCCUCCUGUCGGGCUUCUCAAGCGAUGUCAGCACCACGUGCGGCUCCUCCUUCAUCGAUGGCUCGCAGCCCGCGAGCGUCACCCAGCUGGCUUCCGACAGCACCGCGUCUGCGGCGGCGACGUCCAACGCAGCGGCCGGCAUGUUCACCGCGCAGUUCGGCUUCGCGCCCCUGGCCGGUGUCGCUGCGUCAGCCCUGGUUACCUUCACCUCGGCGUUCUUCGUGCUCGCUUGA